AACAGUCGUCUAGUCUUCCUCCACUUCCUCUCUGCCUGCUGCUGCACAACUCUCUCCUCUUUUCUUCUCUUUCUCCCUGCGCCUCAAACACCUUCCCCAAAACUUUUCCGUAGCAAUCUUUUGCUUUAUUUUGCGCGUGGGAGUAAAAAGUAUUUUGUUCUUUUGCAUGUUUUGCGGCAUCCAGAAGAGGAAUAAAGAAGCUUGUGGUGCGACUUUCAACGUGAUGGAGUUCUUCCUCUAAAAGUACUUUUGUCGGGGGUCUCAGCGAUGCAGUGCAUGUGAGUGAAGACCAAGGAGCACAAUGAAAGACGACUUCUGCGAGGAGGAGGAGGUGCAGUCCUUCGGCUACAAGAGGUUCGGAAUCCAGGAAGGAUCCGAGUGCACCAAGUGUAAAAACGACUUGGCGCUGCGGGCCGCCAUCGCGCUGCUCUACGUCCUGUGCGCCCUGCUCACCAUCGCCGUGGCCGUCCUCGGGUACAAAGUGGUCCAGAAAAUGGAUGACGUCACAGAGGGGAUGCAGAAUUACGGCGGCAAAAUCAGCGCCGUGGAGACCGACUUAAAGAAACUGGAUUAUCAGGCGGGGGAGAAGUCGGUGAACGCCAGCAGCGAAAUCAAGACGUUUAAGUCGGACCUGGAGACGCUGCACGGCCGGCUGAACGACAUCGCCGUCAGGACCAGCAAGAACCGGGACAUCCUAAGCGAACUGCAGGUGUCUGGAGACGACACGCAGGGCGUCCACUUUUCCCUGCAGGACUUACUGACCGGCAACGCCGCCUCACUCCGCGGGGUCAACCAGACCUUGGCCUCCUACGGCAGCAUGCUCGGAGACCUCCAGACGGACACGGCCAGGCUCCAGUCUGAGAUCCAGGGCAAGUUGAAGGAGCAGAGCCAGGCCCUGGUUGGUAUCAGCGCUCUCAACAUCAGCCAGGUCCAGCAGCAAAAUCUGCUCACCUCGCUGCAGAAGACGCUAGAAGACACGGAGCAGGCGGUGCAAAAACUCCAGCUGGGCUAUCAGACUUUGCAGCAAAGCAACAGACAGACCCGCACUGACAUUGAUUGGCUGUCAAAGAAUGUCCAGAACCUCCAGAUCUUGGCAGGAAACAACUCUGCAUUGGCGGGGUCCAACUACGAAACCCUGGAAGUUUUAGGGGCGCAGGUGAACUCGCUGGUCAACCAAAUGCAGAACACCUCCAUUCUCACUGAGGGCCACGAUCGGAGUCUACGAGAACUCAUGGACCACCAGCGGGACCACGACAACGCCACCUCGUCCAAGUUCGACGUGAUGGAAAUCCGCCUGGACACGCAUGAAAGCGCCAUGGACCGCGUGACCGGCAACGUUAGCUUCGCCACACAGCUGCUCGGCACCAUCAGCUCGGACCUCAAUAGCCUGAGGUCGUGCGCCGAGACGGUCAUGCGCCACUCGGACCUCCUGGCGGAUCUGAACAACAGCGUGAAGGAGGCUAAUGCCGAGAGCCGAGACCUGCGGUCUGAGCAGGAGAAGCUGGUGGCCAGGGUGGACAGCGAGGUCAACGACCUGGCUGCGGUGAUGGAGGAGAUGAAGCUGCUCGACAGCAAACACUCGCAACUCAUCACCAACUUCACCAUCCUCCAAGGGCCACCAGGUCCACGGGGCUACAAGGGGGACAAGGGACCCCAGGGCCAACUUGGCUCCCCAGGUCAGAAGGGUGAUAAAGGAGACAAAGGGACGCCAGGAGUGGCGGGAACUAAAGGUGACAGAGGUCCUCUUGGGCCACAAGGUGAGACAGGUCCAAAAGGUGGACCUGGCCCUCGAGGUCUCCCUGGGUCCAAAGGAGCGAGAGGGCCUGGGGGUCGAUCCGGGACCCCUGGAGACAAAGGCGACCCUGGAGUUCAAGGGCCUCCAGGCAAAAAUGGAUUUUUAGGUUCAUUGGGACCACCAGGCCCCAGGGGAGAAGCCGGGCCCGCGGGCUCAGAGGGCCCACCUGGGUCUGUUGGACCAAUUGGUCCUCCUGGUCCUCCUGGACUUCCUGGGUUACCUGCGGCCGUCCCUCUGCCUCCAGUGGCUGCUAAAGCAACUUCUCAACCACAGGCAUCCAAGCAGCCUCCAACUUCAACUCCAGGUUGUCCGACAGAGUUCAGGAAGUUUGCAGACAGCUGCUAUUUCUUCUCUCCGGCCUCUCAGAAGCUCAACUACGACCAAGCCAGCGUGUUUUGUUCUGCUCGGGAGUCCCACUUGCUCAUUGUUAACAACGAAGAGGAGCAGGUGUUUGUGAAUAAGGCCGUGACAGGAAAAGGUUCCUUCUGGCUGGGCCUCACGGACCGCGAGGAGGAGAACGUGUGGAAGUGGGUGGACGGGAGCACGCCCGUUUACACGAAAUGGAACCCGGGUCAGCCCGACAACUGGACCAAGGGCCAUGCUCACGGCGAGGACUGCGGGGGCAUCAAAAAUAACGGCAACUGGAACGACUACUACUGCACUGAGCGCAUCGGCUUCAUCUGUGAACGUGCCGCCAGCUUAAGGGCCGAUAAAAAAAAGAAACAAACACACGUUGGCAUAGUUGGUGUCGUGCUGUGUGCUCCAGCGAUGCCUCUCUUCACGACGAACCCAUUUGACCAAGAUGUUGAGAAAGCAACCAGUGAGAUGAACACAGCCGAGGACUGGGGCCUCAUCUUGGACAUAUGUGAUAAGAUAGGACAGCAGCGCACUGGGCCGAAAGAAUGCCUGCGCUCCAUCAUGAGAAGAGUGAAUCACAAGGACCCCCAUGUCGCCAUGCAGGCGCUCACGCUUCUGGGUGCAUGCGUUUCCAACUGUGGCAAAAUCUUCCACCUGGAGGUGUGCUCCAGAGAGUUUGCCAGUGAAGUCAGUAACGUCCUAAACAAGGGCCACCCCAAAGUGUGUGAGAAGCUGAAGGCACUGAUGGUGGAGUGGGCAGAGGACUUCCGCAGUGACCCCCAACUCAGUUUGAUCUCGGCUAUGAUCAAAAAUCUACGAGAGCAAGGAGUUACCUUCCCUGCUGUGGGCUCGCAGGCUGCAGAGCAAGCUAAAGCCAGUCCUGCAUUAGUGGCAAAGGAUCCUGCAAAUUCCUCAAACAAGAAAGAAGAAGAAGACUUGGCCAAAGCUAUUGAGCUGUCCUUGAAGGAGCAGAGACAACCUCAGACGUCCUUGUCCAGCCUCUACCCCAACACCUCUGGCCUGCUGCCCUCACACAAGUCUGAUGGCAGGAAGGUCCGCGCCAUUUACGACUUUGAGGCCGCCGAGGACAACGAGCUCACCUUCAAGUCGGGGGAGAUCAUCACUAUCCUAGAUGACAGUGACCCCAACUGGUGGAAGGGGGAGACGUAUCAAGGGGCGGGGCUGUUCCCCUCCAACUUUGUCACUGCUGACCUCACCGCUGAGCCUGAGAUGAUGAAGACGGAGAAGAAGACUGUGCAGUUUAGCGAAGACGUUCAAGUGGAGACCAUCGAGCCUGAACACGAGCCCGUUUUUAUUGAAGAGGACAAGAUGGAUCAACUCUUGCAAAUGAUCCAGAGUGGAGACCCCACAGACAACCAAUCAGACAGUGUUGAGUUGCUGCAACUGGAAGGUGCCUGCAAUCAGAUGGGACCGCUCAUUGACCAGAAACUGGAGGACAUUGACAGGAAGCACUCUGAGCUGUCUGAUCUCAACGUGAAGGUGAUGGAGGCGAUGUCGAUGUACGCCAAGCUGAUGAAUGAAGAUCCCGUAUACGCAAUGUACGCUAAGCUGCAGAGUCAGCAGUAUUACAUGCAGCAACAGCAGCCACCUGUGUCAACGCAGCAGGUGUAUCCUGGUGCCGCAUCGGGCUCGUACGCCUUGAGUGGCGGCAGCGUUCAAGGCUACAAUGUGGAUCAGAUGCAAGCUGGAACGCCGAUACCUGGACAAGCUGCCCCUAGCGACGUCCACAUGUACAUGGGUCAGCCGCCCGUCUACGCAGGCCCCGCCCCCGGCAGCAUGACCCCUGCAGACGCCCACGCUUACCAGGGCGGCCCAGCCAUGACGCAGGCUCCCGGCUACAGCGCCCCCUCUGGCCACAACGUGAUGACAUCUGCAGAGCUACCAUCGCAGGUUUCUUACUCCGAGAAGGCGUUGCUAUAGUGACAGCAAACGCCAUAGCAGUGCGACGUCUUACAUGUCUUUAUUCCCUCUAACAUGAAAGGAACAAAAGUGAAGAUGAUCUUUACUUAGUUGCACUUUUGUUGUGUUGUUGAUCAACAUGUAAGUAGAAAGAAGCUCAGUGUUCACACGCCGACAUGCCCAGCUCUCAUCUUCACGACUACCACACCACACUACUCACCUUCUCUACAACUUUUACUCCAAGUACUGAAAACUGACGACACUUUCUGUUGUUUUUGGGAGGCAAAGCAUGCACAUGGCUCUUGUAUGUUUUAUCGAACUCAAGGCCCGCUGAUGACCUCAUGUUAGCACAGUGUUUGGCGGCGGUCGCCAAGGCAACGGGAGCCAAAGCAGAACAAAGUGGAAAAGGAAACCUGUAAAGCAUCUCCUGUUUUUGUAGAGUCAUUUUUAAUUUAUGUAUUAUCAUUUUGAUGCCGUUUGUGAACAUGGACAAGAUGUAAGUAUUCUCACGGGGACGUUGUACAUUUUAAAGACGCUCGUCGCGCAUUUCAAAGUUGCCUCGCACUAAAACAUGUUCAUUACUUCCAACAAACACUACUUCCUGUCGUUAGUGUUCAAUUGAGGGAGCGUUUUAAUCUGAUUUGAAAUCAGUUUAAUUUCACUCCUCAAAAGGUGAUUUUAUAUCCCGUUUUAAUUUCAAAUGAAGUUCUCUUUCGGUCUCUCGCAGCAUUGGACUGAAGGCCCAAGUGAAGGUGCAGCAUAGAUGAUGAUUAUUAUUAUUAUUAUUAUAAUUAUUAUUAUUAUUAUUGUUAUUAUUAUUAUUGAAUGUUUUCAUGUCAAAUGUGUAUCCUGCUCUCUUUUAAUCGUACUCAUCAGUUGAUAUUCACAAUAAAAAAACAACAGGCCAAAUGUACACAAAAA